AUGUGGCCCUCCGCAGAGGCGGCGGCGGAGGCGGACUCCAUGCCAAGGGCUGCUCCAGCAGCGAUGCGAGGAAAAAGGGAGAGGUUAAGGCCGGAGCAACGGCUGAGGCAAAGAGAGCAGUGGCAGCGACGCAACCUAGCCUACGAUGAUAGCAGGAGCGGAGGAAGAAGGAAAAUGAUUUUUGGCUUAGGACUUGGAUUGAAAAAGUGGAGCAAGGGAAAGCAGAAGGAGAAGGUGAACAAUGUGGUUCUCCUUGACCACAGAGAUAUUAAACCCCAAAAUCUUCUGGUGAAAGGGGAACCAAACAUAUCAUACAUCUGUUCUCGGUACUACAGAGCUCCAGAGCUUAUUUUUGGGGCAACUGAGUAUACUACAGCGAUUGACAUCUGGUAUGUUGGUUGUGUUCUUGCUGAACUACUGCUAGGACAGCCUAUAUUCCCUGGUGAAAGCGGAGUUGACCAGCUGGUUGAAAUAAUUAAGGUUUUAGGCACUCCAACAAGGGAAGAAAUUAGAUGCAUGAAUCCUAAUUACACAGAAUAUAGAUUCCCGCAGAUAAAGGUACACCCUUGGCACAAGAUCUUCCAUAAACGAAUGCCUCUGAAGCUGUCGAUCUUGUAUCUAGACUUCUACAAUACUCUCCAAACCUGA